UGUUUUUUUUAUAAAAAAUAAAGUAAUUGUUUCAUAAUAUAAGCACAAAUUUUUGUAUAACUAUUUAAUAUUUUUGGAAUAAAAAGUGAAAUUUAUAAUAAUUAUUUUAAAAAAAUAUUUUAAAUGAAUAUAUCUACCAACUAAUAGCUUAGCAAUAUAGGUUCUUAGACUAACCUUUUAGAUUUCCUGGCAUAAGAAAAUAGCUAAUCACAAAAAUAAAUUGAUAAUAAUGUUAUUCUUAAAAAUGAUACAUCAAUAAAAGAGAAAGGAAAAAAGAAAAAGUACUUUGUGGCAAGGAAAGUAUAGCCCAAUAUUGGGAAAAUUGUUGAGGAUUAAGAGCAUGAGCAAACACCAUCAAGUUAAGGAAAAUAAGAAAUAUAUUAGAAUCCUGAUAAUAAUAAUUAUGAAAUAGAUUAACAGUAGCGAAGAUUUUCAUAAGCGAAUCAAAAUUAAAAUAUAAAAAAUGAAUAUUAACAAGAAUUUCAAAAAAAAAGAAAUUUUUCUUUAGAAAAUAAUAUAUAAGAAGGAUAAUCUCCUACUUUUCUACCUUUUUUAAAUAAUCUCCCUUCUGUUAAUCAAAGCUUGAAUAAUUCAUAAUACGUACCAGGGUUUACUCCUUAGCAAAACUCUAUUUAAAACUAAGGAAAUGGUAAAAGAAAUAUAUCUCCAAAUUAAAUUUUAAAAGGUGUUAUUGAAAAGCCAUCUGCAUUUUAAAGUUAUUUUAAUAGAGAAUCAAAUGAUGCAUAAAAUAAUGUAAUUAAAAGCUCAAAUUUAAAUGAAAGUGUUAUACCGCAUGUAAAUAUUAGUGGAAUCGAUGAUUCAAUGGAUGUCUCUUCAUCUCAUAUGGAUAGAAAUAUUUUUCUUAAGCAUAACUAACCUUUAUACUAGCCUUAAAUAGGUGAUAACGGACCUAAAUUUGACAAAAAUGGUAAGAUAAUACCUCGCUCGAUAGUUGGAAAGCCAGAAUGGUUUUUAAAAAACUAAGGAAGCAAGUUAACAAAGGAAGAUCUAAGCAUUUUUACACCUAAAAGGUAAAGAUAAUUAACAACUCAAUCUAUUAGUGUUAAGAGUCGCUCUUUAAAUAAGAGUAACUUGAAAAAUGCCUUGAAAAUAUAGUAAGAUGUUAAAAUAACUAAAUACUAACUUGAAAAAUAAUUAGAAGCUAUCAGAGAAAGGAUAAAGCAUAAUAUAGAAGUUGAAAAUAAGGCAGUUUAAUAACUUAAAACAACUGAUAAAUUAAGAUUUACUUAACAAACAAGAAACUUAGAAAAAUUUAAUUAAAUUGAAAAAGAAUGGAUGAAUUUUAUAGAGUAUAGUAGCUCUAAAAUGCAUAGAGAUUACACAUAAUCACAGCUUCUUUAAUAAGAUGGAUUUAGAUAAAAAAAAGAAAUGACUGAUGUGUUUGAGACAGCAAAAGGGGCAUUUGAUCUUUUUGGGUCUAGAGUGUGGUACAUGAAUCUUAGAAAUCCAUAGGAAGAUCAAUAAUUAAAUCCUGAUGAAGGUGAUUAUAAAGAUAUUAUUAAAUCAAAAUCACAAGUUAACAUGAACCCUCUAGUUGUAUUAGAAGAUAUGCCUCUUGCGUUUAACAGAGCAUUGCCAUAAGGUAUGGUUAAAAAAUAGCUUGAGAUAGUAAGAAAGCCUCUGGCUACCAGCUUGAAUUAGUCUUUAAAGAUGUCAAAGUCAAUAAGCUAGUAUAGCUUGAAUCAAAGCAAAAUAACUAACAAACCAUUUCAAUCAUUUGACUCACUAAAAUAUUAUAACUAAAGACUAUCUAGUCUAAGAGAUGACAUGAAAUUCCAUAAAAAAAUACUUAUUGAUCAAAACCUAGAGUUAGAUAAUUUAAUAAUAUUUGGUUAGAACUAAUUACAAAGGGAACAAGAUAUGCUUUAUAAUUCCAAAGAGGAUUUGUUUGAAUAUAAAAAGUAGGAACCAGAACCCUGUAAUUUAUUGAAUGUUACUUUCGAAUUCUCUUAAUUAAAUUGUUUAUAUCCACUAAUUUUUUUAAAAAAAUAUAUUUAGAUGUAGAAGAAAUAAUCGAAAUAUAAUAUGAUAAGCACGGAAUCCAGUAAGAAGGAACUUUAAAAGAUUUUAGUUUACCAUAAAUAAAUAGACAUUCUAUAGAUUUAUCAAGUAUAAGCAAAAACUGAAAAUAAAAAUAUCAAUUGA